AUGCUCGCGUCGUCUACAGUAAAUGAAAAGCGAAAAUUUAGCGGAAUAAAUGUUACGUACUUCUUCACAUUGCUUCUCUUUGGAUUCGCAUAUAUAGUCGACCAACUUUUCGGAGUCGGGUUUUCUCGAAAUCCAGGACAAACUAAAGUCGAAAAUGAAAACCAAUCUUCUGAAGUAGCUGGAACAGAUUAUUACAAUGACAUAACUUCUCCGGGCGAGUGUGAUAUUCAAAAUAUCGGAUAUUCGAGCAUUCGGAAAAUGUCGAAUCCGUAA